AGCGUUCCUCCCACGUGACGAGAUCAGGUGCGGCGGCGUCUUCCUCCCACACCAGUUCGCUCUCUCUCUCUCUGACUCUCUCUCGUGGUAGAAAAAACGAACAGAAAACUGGAAAGUAAUAGGAGAAAGCCGCAAUAUGAAAGAUUAAUCCGUCAAUCAUCAUCAAGAUAAUUACAAAAAUGGAGCUUCCCUUCUCUCUGCUGCUACUUUUUCUCAGUUUUUCCACUUGUCUUCACCUUUCCCACGCCAGAGGCGGCCAACGUUCAUCUCUUCCUUCAGUAGGCUUUGAGAACGGUGGUUAUGUGGGUUCUACACGGCACUUGUUCAAGGAGAGCCGGUCUCAUAUUGGCAAUGAUGUUGCCCGAGGUUACAUGACUAACUCUGAUCUUGAGAAGGCCGUUAAGGCUUUUGGGCAAAGAUGUAGUAACAUUUCUAGGAUAUACAGUAUUGGAAAGAGUGUGAAUGGCAUUCCGCUGUGGGUUAUAGAAAUUUCUGACAAGCCCGGGGAGCAAGAGGCUGAACCUGCAUUUAAGUACAUUGGGAAUGUGCAUGGAGAUGAACCGGUAGGGCGUGAGCUUCUACUAUUUCUUGCAAAUUGGAUAUGUGAUAAUCAUUUGAAGGACCCCUUGGCUACAUCGAUUGUAGAGAAUGUUCACCUUCAUAUACUUCCAUCCAUGAAUCCUGAUGGUUUUUCACUUAGGAGGCGUGGUAAUGCAAACAAUGUCGAUCUAAAUCGAGAUUUUCCUGAUCAGUUCUUUCCUUUGAAUGAUGACGUGGAUGUGCGGCAACCUGAAACCAGAGCAAUUAUGAAUUGGCUGAGAGAUAUACAUUUUAUGGCAUCUGCCAGUUUGCAUGGGGGUGCACUUGUUGCAAAUUAUCCAUGGGAUGGCACUGAGAAUAAAAGAACAAAUUACUUUGGAUGUCCUGAUGAUGAAACAUUCCGGUUCAUGGCAAGCAUAUACAGUCGCUCUCACUAUAACAUGUCUUCCAGCAAGGAAUUUCAAGGAGGAAUAACAAAUGGAGCAUCUUGGUAUCCUAUAUAUGGUGGCAUGCAAGACUGGAACUAUAUACAUGGUGGUUGUUUUGAAUUGACCUUAGAGAUAAGUGAUAACAAAUGGCCUAGUGCUAAUGAGCUUCCUACUCUCUGGGAAUACAACAAAAUGAGCAUGCUAAAUCUUGUUGCGAGCCUUUUUAAGACAGGAGUACAUGGAAGGAUUUUUUCAUCGGAUACUGGAAGGCCACUGCUGGGCUCUGUUACAGUAAAAGGAAUAAAUCACACUGUCAAAGCAGGCAGAACCUUUGCUGAUUACCAUCGUUUGCUUGCCCCAGGAGGGCGAUAUGAAGUUAUUGCCACUGUGCCUGGAUACAAAUCCAGAAGCACACGUAUCUGGUUGGAAGGAGCUGCAAUGACACUGGAUUUUGUUCUUGAUCCAGAAGUCACACUUAAGGGUAAUCUACUUCGAAGUAGCUGUGAAUGUGACUCUGGCAAUAAAAGAAGGCUGGAAUUUUUAGGCUUUCUUUGGGAAGGCCAUCUGGAAAUUUGCUUUAUUUUGAUUGUUAUUAUAGGAUUUCUUUGCUUCUUAUUUCGGAGGAGAAUGAAAAAUAAUAACCUUUCAAAACAUAGACAUCUUGUAGGGCCCAAAAGAGCAGUUGUGGUUUCAAACUCAUGAUAUUUUUACUUUUGUUAAAGAUGAAAGUAUAUUUUACCUCAUAAAAGAAACAGAAAUUAAAUGCUCUUCUCCAUUAA